AUGUUUCGUAGUGUGCCCAUCCUGCCGCUCCUUUACGGGGCUCGCAGCCUGUGGGAUUACCAAAGCCGGAGUCUCGGCUUCCCCGUUCUGCAGGCCUCCGGGACAGCCGAUGAUUUCUGCGAGAUUCCCCUGGAGCAGCGGCAGAAACGGGGUCCUCACACCCACCAUCGCGCCCACUUUCGGGAGAUGCGAAUCCUGGAGUACGAGAAUCGUUUGCGCCUGUACUCCAGCCCGGAGAAGGUGUUCCGGUAUUUUGCCACCAUCAAAAUGAAGCACAAGUCCGGCCGUUGGGAGGUGUACAUGACGCCGCCGGACUUUAUGCGGGCCAUAACGCCGGGCUCCCGCCGUCAGCCGGAGAGCCUGGGCCUGGACAAGUUCUACAAAGUAUCGGAGGGGCAUAUGCACAAGCAUCGCUGCUCAUCGUUGAGCGACAACAGCAUAUUCUAUAGCUUCCAGAAGGACGGACUCCUGAGCUUCGGGGACUAUCUGUUUCUGGUGAUGCUGCUGUCCGUGCCGGAGCGUUACUUUGAGCUGGCCUUUCGCCUGUUCGACGUCAAUGGUGAUGGGAAUCUCUCGCACGAUGAUAUGAACUUGUAUCUAUCGAAAGUCUGCCAGGGGGAUGGUUCGGUGAGGAAUAUGAACGUAAACCAAUACUUUUUCGGGCCCAAUCUCGAUCAGAAGCUCAAUGUGAAUGUCUUCCUGGAGUUUCAGCGAAAGCUGGCCAGCGAGGUCCUGCUGCUGGAGUUUCAGGCCCUUCUGAAGAGCUCCAAGACGGUGAUCAGCGAGGUGGCCUUUACCAAAAUGCUGAUGGCCUACUCCACGGCCAGCAGCAUGGAACGUGCCACAAUGCUGCAUCGCGUCCAGGAGAAGUACAAGAAUUCCGAUAAGGGCGUGACACUCGAUGAGUUUCUGACCUUCUUUCGGUUCCUCAAGGAUGUGGCCGCCGUGGACUCGGCCCUCACGUUCCACUAUCUGAGCGGGGCGGAUAUCUCGCGUCAGACCCUGCGGCACAUUGCCCACGUGGUGGUCGGUGUGCAUCUGACCGAUCAUAUUAUUGAUAUCAUUUUCACCAUCUUCGAUACGGACGAUAAUGGUAUACUGAGUCGCACAGAUUUCUUCGAGACGCUGCGCGAUCGCUUUGCCCGAUCACCGAAGCGGAAGUCCCCCCAUCUGGCCGCCCUGAUGGGCAUUGCCUGUAGGUGUGCCACCCAGGUGUUUGUCGAUCGAUAUUUGCACUGA